AUGACGACGGUGCUGGGAGAGAACAAUGAGGAGAUCCAGCAGCAAGAGACAGCAGCAGCAGCAGCAGCAGCAGCAGGAGGAGUGGCACAGGUAAACUGGAUAUUCUCGCUGGGUUUAAAGAGGGAGGCAGCAUGGCAACACAAACCUUAUAAAGACGGAGGCACGCGCCACUGCCGGCCUCAGUUCAGCUCUCCUCUCUGGCAGCAGCAGCAGCAGCAGCAGCACCUUGCAGUGAUCAUGCUCAGCCUCAUCAAAUUACCACGAGUCUUCACCAUCAAUCAAAUGCCCAAAGUUUUCCAUGAAGAUAGCAUCAUCUCCGGCUACCGACAUCCACGCAGCUCAGCCAUCGACUGCAUCCUGAGCCUUUUCCAGCUGACCAAUGAAACACUCAACAUCUGGACCCACUUCUUACCCACCUGGUACUUCCUCUGGAAAGCAGUGACGGUGGUGCUGAUGCAGACAGCAUGGCAGGACUCCUUCACCUGGCCUCUGGUGAUCUUCCUGGUCUCCUGCUGCAUUUAUCCGCUGGCGUCGAGCUGUGCUCACACCUUCAGCAGCAUGUCGGAGCGGGCACGCCACAUCUGCUUCUUCUUCGACUAUGGUGCCCUCAGUUUCUACAGCCUGGGGUCAGCAAUUGUCUAUUCAGCUUAUGUUUUCCCCGACAAGUGGGUGAACAACCUCUUCCACCAGUGCUACGUCCCCAUCACUGUGCUCAACACUGUCAUCUGCACCGGCCUGGCCUGCUACUCCAGGCUUGGCUUACCAUUUCUGCAAUAUAAUCAUGACAUCGUAAAAAGAUUCCCUGUGUGCCAGAGUCCAAAGUUCAGCAAGUAUCUCCGUGUCGUUGCCUUUGCCUACCCCUGCCUGUUUGACAACAUUCCUCUGUUCUACCGGGUGUUUCUGUGUGUAGGAGAGGGCUGUACAGACAAUGAUACCAACAUCCUCCACUACAACCACAUCGCCUUGGCUCUCCUCACAGGCUUUCUGUUCGCCACACAUUUACCUGAGCGCCUGGCACCUGGCAGCUUCGACUUCAUAGGUCACAGCCAUCAACUCUUCCACGUGUGCGGCAUCCUGGGCACCCACUUCCAGAUGAAGGCCAUAGAACAGGACAUGGUGACAAGGCGCCCUUGGCUCCUUGAACACUCUAUACCCAUCACCUUUACCAACUCAGUGGGUGCAGCGCUGCUUUGUCUAGUGGUGAAUCUGAUUAUCAUCAUCCUCUUCAGUCUACCUCUCCUCUCUGCUCCAGUUUAUAAAGAAAAUAAACAUUUAUAUAAGUCCAAAGAAAGCCUCAGGUAAGGUCUGCCCCUGUUUCUAAA